CACACAUAGCUGUAUAACUAUAACCCAUCGAUCGAUUACUCGGAAGUUCAGCUAGUGAACCGCAGAGACCGAUCGAGCAGAUCUUUCAAACAAAGAUCGUACAUAGUAUUUGGAUGGCGUCGAUGUCGGUGAACUCGUCGAGGCCGCAGUGGACGGCGAAGCAGAACAAGCAGUUCGAGCAGGCGCUGGCGGUGUACGACAAGGAUACGCCGGACCGGUGGCACAACAUCGCGCGCGCCGUGGGUGGUAAGACCGCCGACGAGGCCAGGCGCUACUACGAGCUGCUCGUGGACGACGUCAAGCGCAUCGAGGCAGGCAGGGUGCCGUUCCCGGCGUACAGGUACCCUGGUGGCGCCAUGGGCGGGUACGAGGCCGACAGGUACGCCGUACUGAGGAAAGGGAACCCCUCUUCAAGAGCAGUCCCAAAUUGAUUCUGAUUUUAUCGCACAUGGCUUACUAAUCGGUAGAUUUAUGGUGUUUAUAUAGAAUUAGCUGUCUGCCUGCUGUUUGCUAAUGUGGAAGCUUUUGCUCCACUGUCAGGCUGA